AUGUUUGCUCCACUUUUACUUCUCGCUCUUGCUCUUUCAGUCAAUUCGGCUGCUGUCACAAAAGAAUGUCAACUUUCGGCUGGAGAUAUUCAAUGUCUUGUCAAAUUGCAAAAAGCUGGUGAGCAACUCGAUGAACUUGAUGUUGAUAAUACUGAGGAUCUUAAACCAUUCCAAGAAUCAUGCAAAGCUAUGAUGGUCAGUUUUUGAACAGUUUUAACGGAAUAUAAUUCGAUUUCAGCCAUGCAUCAAUGUUUUGAAAUGUGCUGGUGAAGACAGCAAAGAAUCUAUUGAUUUAAUCACAGGACUUUGUAAAUUUAUUGAUUUCAUAAUUGGCCCAUUCAGUGCAUGUGGAGAAAAAUUGGAAAAAGCUAACUCGAAAUGUUAUGAAGAUUGGGAUCCAAUUAUCAACGAUGACGAAAACAAAAAACCAACACAAGCCGAAGUCUGUAAAAGUUUUGUUGGAGAAAAAGAAUGCGUUAAGAAGGGAAUUAUUGCAACUUGUGGACAAAAAGAAUGGGAUGUUAUGAAGGCUAAUCUUGUUAAUCUGAACAAAGAUGUUACCAAAUGCAAUUUAUAA